CACCGAGCUGGGUCCGGAGUGGACGCUCAUGAAGGCAGGCACGCCCGGCUGCCCCGACCUGGAGGACUGGCUGGUGUCCCACCUGCCCGAGGGCGCCCGGGUGGGCUGUGACCCCUGGGUCCACACCGUGUCGGGGGUGCGCGGCCUGCAGCGCAAGCUGGCAGAGGGAGGAAAGGGUCAGUCGCUGGUUCCGCUGCUGCAGGACGGAAACCUGGUGUCCAAGGUGUGGGGUGCGGAUCAGCCUCCUGCCCCCUGCGCGCCGCUGCGUGUGCACGACCUCCGCUGGGCGGGCGAGGAGGUGGCCGCCAAGCUGGGCCGCAUGCGGGAGCAGAUGAAGGCCGCGGGUGCGGGCGCGCUGCUGGCCACGGCGCUGGACGAGGUGGCGUGGCUCACCAACACACGCGGCGGUGACGUGGACCACAACCCCGUGGCGCUGUCGUACUGCCUGGUCACUCCCGAGUCCGCCACGCUGUAUGUGGACGGCGCCAAGGUGGGGCCAGAGGUGGCGGCGCACCUGGCGGCGGCGGGCGUGGAGGUGGCCACGGGGGCCACGGUGACGGAGGUGGAGGUUGACCUCAAGCUGACUGGGUUCAGGGCCGCCCAGCCGGGCUUUGUGGAGACGUCGUUCUCCACCAUUGCUGGCGCAGGACCCAACGGCGCCAUCAUCCACUACCGCGCCCAGCCCGGCAGCUGCCGCUCCGUGGACGGCUGCACGCUGCUGCUGCUGGACAGCGGCGGGCAGUACGAGUGCGGCACCACCGACAUCACACGCACCCUGCACACAGGCAGCCCCACAGAACACCAGCGCCGCUGCAACACACGCGUGCUGCAGGGCCACAUCGCGCUGGACGUGGCUGUGUGGCCCGAGGGCACUCCGGGGGCGGCGCUGGAUGCCUUCGCCCGCAUGCACCUGUGGCGCGACGGACUCAACUACAGGCACGGCACGGGCCACGGCGUGGGUGCGGCUCUCAACGUGCACGAGGGGCCGCAGUCCAUCUCCUCGCGCUUCCACAUCACCACACCCCUGGCGGCAAACAUGGUGUGUUCCAACGAGCCGGGCUACUACGAGGACGGCUCGUUCGGGGUGCGCAUUGAGAACCUGGUGGUGGUGGUGGAGAAGGACACGCCGUACAGGUAUGCGGGCCAGCAGUAUCUGGGCUUCCAGCGCCUCACGAUGGUGCCGAUCCAGGCCAAGCUGAUCGACACCUCGCUGCUCUCGGCUGAGGAGACGGCAUGGGUGGACGGAUACCACCGGGAGGUGUGGGAGGCCGUGUCGCCGCGCAUGCAGGACCAGCCGGAGCUGCUGGAGUGGCUCCGCCGCAACACGCGGCCGCUAAAGGAGCAGCUGGCGUGAGGGGGCAGCGGUGGAGUCGCUGUGGCCGCGUGUGAUGUAUGGGGCAGCACUCUCAAGGGGCAGCUGGUGUGGGGCGGCGGCGUGGAGUGGGGCAGGGCAGAGGCAGAGCAGAGAGGCGCUGGGGUGGCGGCCUUUGCCGCUGGCUUUGUGGAGGCGACGGCCAGUGUGCGGGGCAGGAGGUAGGAGGCAGGCGGUUGGCGGCAGGCGGUUGGCGGCAGGCGGUUGGCGGCAGGUGGUUUGAGGCUGGCGGUUUGAGGCGUGGGGCCUGAAGGGGUGCAGGAGUGGGGAGGCUGGGGAGGAGGAGGAAGGGCUGUGUGGGGUGACACCCGGGCACGAGAGCCGGUCGCCAGCCCGGCCCCUGAAAUGAAAGGGCGGAAAGAAGGAAGCCGAAGCGAUGUGCGAAAUGGACAUGCUUCGUGAUACACGGCGGCCGUGGUGCUGGCUGCCAGCACACACACCGACACGCGCCUCGCCGCCUCGGGAUCCACCUGGGUGGAGAGCACUGGGCCGCCGGAGCAGGCCGGGGCCGGAACCCGAGGCUGGCUGUGCGCCUGAUGAGUGAGCGACAUGCGACAAGCAAGCUGCGAGGCGCGUUGCAUGGAGGCACUGCAUAGGUGAACCACAAUCGAAGACAGGCGCUGUAAUCUUGUACGCGGCACGGGUGGGAGCCACACACAUCGGGACUACGCUUU